AUGUGGCCAUUCAGCUCGUCAUCAUCUCCAACAUCAGCAGCGGCGGCGGGGUCGGCGGACAAGUGUCCCGUGGACGAAGAGACGCGCCAGGCAUGGCUGCGUGCGAAUCCGGGCAAAGCGCAUCCCUUCCAGCCCGAUUCUCCUGCUCCUACACAGCAACACCACUCGCAGCCAGGCCCAUCACGGCCACGGUACAAUGACGAGUCGCGCCUGUCCACGGACCGCGAAAUCUCAUCGAUCCCACGCAGCUACUCGCGUCUGGCCAAUCCUACCGCCGCGCAAGCCGCCCAGCCCCCCAGUACGGCUGACGAGGACACGGACGGCAAGUGGGUCUACCCCUCGGCGAAGCAGUUCUACAACGCGAUGAAGCGCAAGAACCAGAACCCGCAAGUGGCGGACAUGGACGUGGUAGUGCCCAUCCAUAAUGCGGUCAACGAGCAGGCGUGGCGUCACAUCCUCGCGUGGGAACGCAUGUGGACCGCCGAGUCCGACACCAAGCUCAUCUCGUUCAAGGGCAGACCGCGCGACCUCACAUGGCGUGCAUGGUUCAACACGCUUGCAGGCUACCAGCCGCCCUUCGACCGACACGACUGGACAAUCGAACGCCCCAACGGCGAGCAGGUGCGCUACAUUAUCGACUUUUACACUGGCAGGUCGCAGCCCAACCCCACCGCAAAUGCGGGCUCAAGUAAUAUCGCGGACAGCUUUGGUGCGGGUGCACAGUCCAAGGCAGGCCUGAGCUUUUAUUUGGAUGUAAGACCCGCGCCGUCGACGAUCCAGGGCAUGGCAAUGCGUUCGAGGCGCGUGUACAAUCGUUACUUUGGCGAGCCCGGUUCCGCGCCCUAG